UUCUACGUAAUUGUCUACCUGUCGCAAACCGAAAGAAUUGUAGCUUCAAGAAAUCUAUCCUUUUCCUCCAUUCCCGUACCUACCUACCUACCUACCUAGCCUAGGUAAUUCGAGGUAUUACGCCGACAUAUGUACACCAAUCUAGUCAUGAUACAUUAGCAUUACAAUUAAUACUAUUAUGGCUGGUAAUAAUGUCCUCUCCCUGUUGGGGUGGACAUUCCUCCCUAAUCUUGCGACUGGCUGGGUACAAUCAAUCUACUACGGUCUUACUAUCCGCGCCGGCGACCCCAAGCCCGCACCGAACUCACCUCGCUACGUCCAACAUCGUCGUCGAAUCCAUAUCCUCGUCGUAUCGCUAUAUCUAUUAUACACCAUCUACGAAGCCGACUACGAGCUCCGUCGCGCUUCCGACUACUAUGCCGAACUUGGUGUGUCCUUUUCCGCUUCCGAGCGCGACAUCAAGAGCCGUUUUCGCCGCCUUGCUGCCCUACACCACCCUGACAAACUUAUGAGCGCUGGUGGAACAAGCGAGGACGCCGAUUUCUUCAUCCAUCUCAAGACCGCCGCCGAUACUCUCACCGACCCCGCGCGACGCUUCGCCUACGAGCGUUUCGGCCCCGACGUCGUAUCUUGGAAGCAUUGCGUCACCAUCCGCGACUUUGUUACCCGCGGUGUCCAAGUUCUCGUACCCUACUACGGCCUCGCCGCCAUCGCCAUGUACGUACUCGGGUUAUUGGGUUACUUAGAAUGGGGACGAUACUGGAGAUGGUUGACCUUGAUUGUUCUAUGCGUUUUCGAGCUACACACUAUAACACGACCUACGUUCCCACGGUUUCUCGGAAAUCUCAUCAACCCAUUCUUGACACAUUUCACUUCUCAUCCUCCAUAUCUACCUUUCCAGGUCAUAUCCCUUGCGCGCAAGCUCAGCAUUACGCUAUAUAUCGCCUUCUCACAGAUCGGACCGCUGCUGCAACAACAAAGCGUAAAGCCAGGCGAGGCGUCGGAGAAGGCGCUGCGACAGAGUCUAGAUAGGCUCGAGCAGACAGCCCGUAGUAUGGAUGUCGAUGCAACGCGGCUCAUGGAGUUGGAGAUGGCGCCCUUCGCUGGCGACCCUGAGGUGAUUAAUAGCAUGCGGACAAAGCUCAAAGAGUGGCUUGUACAAAACACAAUACGGGCGGAUCCUAUGGUGAAGGAUGCCUUAGGGAAAUCGUUUCAGAAGAGACGAGUAGAUGCCCCGGCGGGUGCUAAAGGAAAUAGAUGACGAAUUGUUAGACAUUCUACCUUACUAGACACUUUAUACACCAAUUGAAAUAUGACCAACUUUUCCCUCUUUUGCAAUCCUUAUAUACAUGAUCGUACAUAUACUAUUAA